AUGAAUAACAGCUCUAUAUCGUUAUCGCUGUUAGUGGAUAAUACAGAUGAACUGGAAGUUACCAGGUAUAUUGUACAAAAAUUAUGUGUGCCUUUUAUUACAACCCUUGGACUAACUGGAAAUAUUCUAAGUAUUCUCGUUUUGACUCGAAGAUGCAUGAAAUCUUCAACAAAUUGCUACUUGACAGCACUAGCGGCCUUCGAUUGUCUUUAUUUGGUGUUUAGUUUAACCCUUAGUUUCAAACAUUAUGAUUUUAUCAGUGAAUUUCCCAACUAUUGGCAUUGGUUUGCUACGGGAAGAGUUCUUACGGACAUGUCCGCCAAUAUCUCGGUUAUACUGACGGUGACGUUUACGUUAGAAAGAUAUAUUGGCGUCGCUCAUCCUAUGAGGGGUCGACAACUCUGUACCCCUGAACGAGCGAGGAUUAUAAUACUGAUUGUGGCUGUAUUUGGUAUUAUUUGUACAUCGCCAGAGUUCUGUGAAUUAAAGGUGGAGGAAAAAAUAGUAGAUAAUAAAACCACAUUACAACUCCGAGAGACAGCUUUCUCUAGAAGUUACAGCUAUCAAAUAGGUUUUUAUUGGUUUUUAGUAACAUUUUUCACAUUCCUACCUUUAAUUUUCCUGUGUGUUUUCAAUGGAUUAUUAAUAUGGACUGUGAUAAGGGCCAAUAAGUUACGUAGAACGAUGGCCUCUAAUAACAGACAUUUGACUGAACGUCAUAAUAGAGACCAACAUAAAAUUACUAAAAUGCUGAUAAUGGUUGUGCUAGUGUUUUUAGUGUGUCAGAUUCCAGGUGCGGUGCUCUUGAUGUACCGGACGUACAUCGAUUUGACAGAUGCGCGAAUGACCAGACAGACUAGAAAUUCGAUUUUAAUAGCGGGCAAUAUCACUAAUUUGUUAUUACAAAUCAACGCCUCAAUAAACUUCAUCAUUUACUCUUUGAUCAGUACCAAAUUUCGGCGUGUGUUCUAUAGAACACUUUGCAUUAGGUACAUUACCAAUAUUGCCCACAGUUUACGUCAUUCCCGCCAUACUAGGACCGAUUCCAUGCCAUAUUCCAAUGACAAUUCUAUGAGAAAUGGAGAGGUAGUGUACCUCCAGCGUUGGAAGAAGCCAAUGGUAAGAAAACACAUUCGAGAUAAUAUUCAUUAUAGUAUAGCUUCAGAAAGUGACAUUAACGACGGGCGAUGCCAGAUUGUGAUUUUAAAUGCGAGUAUCUGCUCAAAUAUUUAUAUUAACUCUGCGCCUUAA